CUUCGAAACACAUUCAUCCAUAACUGAACCCCUAUCCCUAAUUUCCCAAUUUCAUACUGUACGUACUCAUCGAGGAGAAAUCCUUGCCAUAAUUCAAUUGGAAAACCCGCGUUUUAUCGCCUCCGUUGUGAAUAUAAAUGGCGGCGAGGAAUGCACUGCUGACGUACCUCAGAGUGAACGUGACCCCUCUGCCACUGUUUCAAAACCCUAGAGCCGGCGUCGGUGGUUUGCCGCAGCUCAUCAGGCGCCAUUUCUCGGACGAUGCGAAGGGCUCUUUCCUCGAUAAGCCCGAGGUCACCGAUCGUGUACUUUCCGUUGUUAAGAACUUUCAGAAAGUCGAUCCUUCGAAGGUUACACCCAAUGCGCAUUUCCAGAAUGAUCUUGGACUGGAUAGUUUGGACUCUGUUGAAAUUGUGAUGGCCCUUGAAGAAGAAUUUGGCUUUGAGAUUCCCGACAAUGAAGCAGACAAAAUUAACUCGAUCAAUCUUGCCGUUGACUUUAUUGCAUCUCACCCCCAGGCAAAAUAGUGGAACAUUAUGAUGCUCGCCUUUUGAUUUUACUUCCUCCAUUCCGGUUAUUUAUGCAUGACCAGUUUUUUCAUGUCUCGAUAUCUCUAUUUUGGGAAAUAGACUAUUUUUCAUUCUGAAAUGUGGGCAAUUUUGCGUGUUAAAAUCUUUUCUGACGAGUUCUCGUUCUUUCUUUUAUUUUCCUUUGGCGAGCGGCAGCCCUAUAGUGUAUAAUUUGCUGGUGAUUGGGAGAUCUUAUUGCAAGAUGAUGUUACGAAUUGUAGCACGCGCUCCUGUUGGAAAUUUUGUGCUGGCAUAUUAUAUUAUUAUAAUUAUGUAUGAUCAAAACUGUGUUCGAUAUUUUCCAUUUUGUGGACUGAAACUAUGCCUUGCAUUGGAAUAAAG